GUAAAGUCAUCCGUGCUGCCAGAUACGGGAAAUACUUCUUCAUCGAACUGGAUGGCCAAGGACGAAUGCCCGUUCUUCAUUUUGGCAUGACCGGCAUGCUUCAGAUCCGUGGACAGCCAACACUUCAGUACAAAGCUUCCAAGCAUAAGCACACUGAAGAGUGGCCACCUCGUUUCAUGAAGUUUGCUAUCCACCUUGUCGACACAGAAGACCGCAGCGAGGCUGUUGUGGCUUUCUGCGAUGCCCGCCGACUGGGCCGCAUACGCCUUGCUGCGUCGCCUCUGAAGGAAGCCCCUAUUUCGGAACUAGGUUUCGACCCAAUUCUCUCCAUGCCUGCUCUUGAGAAGUUCGCGGCCUCCGUUACCCGACGGUCAUGCCCCGUGAAGGCCCUUUUAUUGGAUCAAUCAUUCAGCGCCGGCGUCGGCAAUUACUUAGCAGAUGAGAUAUUGUAUCACGCAAGAAUUCACCCAGAGCAACGAAUCAACCAACUAAGUAUAGCUCAGCUGGCUUCACUACAUUUACAGAUAUCAGAGGUCUGUAAGAUCGCAGUCGAAGUCAAUGCCGACGAUAGUAAAUAUCCGGGCAACUGGCUAUUUCAUCACCGCUGGGGCAAAGGGAAGAAGGCAAAUCAUACGAUGAAGCUUCCCUCUGGGGAGCCUGCGACUAUCAAAUGGAUCACCGUUGGCGGACGCACUUCGGCCUACGUCGCCGAGCUCCAGAUCUUGUCCCACAGCAAGGAUCUGCGCAGCGAUUCUCAGCAGGGCCAUCCCGACGGCAAUGAAAGUGAAUUAACACCACUUUCGUCGGAUGAGGAGCUUUCCAAAGGAAUAACAAGGAAACGCAAGCCCCUGGACACUCAAUCGCCGGUAAGAAUCAGAACAACUACCAAGUUAGAAAACCAUGAAGAUGUGAAACCUUCGCCAUCAAAAAGAAAUCGACGCCGUUGAUACUACAGCCAAGGGUUAGAUGGUGUACGGCCGAGCCAUUCCACUUGAGAGGCUCGCCCUCAUGCCUCUCAUGGACCCUGAGUGAUCGACGUAGACAUCCUUCUUAAGCUUCACACACACUAAGCCAAGACUUAGAGCGGCCUAGGUACAUCCCCAUCACGAACGAAAUAAACGCAUAAAGCUGUUUCUCAGACCAAUAUUUUCUUAUUUUUUGCCUGGCAUUGACGUCUACUGAUACAUAUUGUAACCAAGCCAUUUAUACAAACCAUACUUUAUAU